AUGCCACUUAAACUCGACAACCCGUGGUCUUCCACCACUUUCUUCAGUCCGACACCGAUGGCCGCCUCUUCGAAAACUAGUCUUCAGGUCGUCACAAACCAUCCACGCUAUCAGCUUUUGGGCGGAGACUUGCAUAUCAUCAUUGAAAACAUCGAUUUUUGUGUCCAUCGUUACUUCUUCGAUCGCGAAUCUCCUAGAUUCCGUAGCAUGUUGGCAGGGUCGCCUUCUCCUGGAAAGCCACAAGAGCCUGUUAACAUGCUACGGCUUACAGAAGUCAGUGCUAAGCACUUUGAGAAGUUUUUAAUGGUGUUCUACAACCCUCUUUAUACACUGUAUCCCGACACUACAGCCGACGACUGGGCUGUCAUAUUGCACCUUGCGUAUGACUGGGAGUUUGAUCAAGUCACCGAUCUGGCCAUCCGGGAGCUAGAGAAGCUGGAAAUGAAAAGCGUGGACCGCAUUGCCCUCUAUCAGAAACAUGGGUUGAAGCUUGAUGCACCAGUUCUUGUAGGGCAUUACGUCUCGCUUUGUGCGCGUGGCUACCCCCUGGACCUUGCGGAGUCCCAGAAAUUGCCUCUCGAUACAGUCGUAUUGGUGAAUCAGGUUAUGCAUGCGUUACCUAAGACACGGUUAGGCGACGUGGCCUCGUCCAAAGCUAUCAACGCGGACCUCAUCGCUAAAAUCGUCAACGAGGUAACAGGGACUACGGACAAACAGGCCAGCGAGAAUUUGGGUACAUCGGGAGACUCCUCAAAAUCUCCCACUCCAGCCCUCAAUGGCAAACGGAUUCCUAGCCUAUUCGGGGAAUCGGAGGCCAACGGGGUCAAGUCACGAUCCAACAGGAUUUAG